AUGGCCCUGUACCGGGUGUGUGUGACCACUGGCCCCUACCUGAAAGCGGGCACUCUGGACAACAUUUCAGUCACACUGGUGGGCACGUGUGGUGAGAGCCCCAAGCAGCUGUUGGAUCGUGUGGGCAGGGACUUCGCCACCGGCUCGGUUCAGAAGUACAAGGUGCGCUGCUCAGGAGAGCUGGGGGAGCUCCUGCUGCUGCGUCUACACAAGGAACGCUAUGCUUUCUUCCCCAAAGACCCUUGGUACUGCAGCCACAUCUGUGUCACUGCCCCUGAUGGCUCUGUUUUCCACUUCCCCUGCUAUCAGUGGAUCGAAGGCUUCUGCACCACAGAGCUGCGACCGGGCACAGCAAAAACAAUUUGUCAAGACUCCCUUCCCCUCCUUCUGGAUCACAGGCAGCGAGAGCUCCAGGCCCGGCAGGAAUGUUACCGAUGGAAAAUCUUUGCCCCAGGCUUCCCUCGAAUGGUGGAUGUUAGCAGCUUCCAGGAGAUGGAGUCUGACAAGAAAUUUGCCUUGACUAAGACUACCGCUUGUCCAGCAGACCAGGGUGAGAGCAGUGGGAAUCGCUACCUGCCUGGCUUCCCCAUGAAAGUUGACAUCCCAUCUCUGCUUCACAUGGAGCCCAACAUCCGCUACUCGGCCACCAAGACGGCCUCGCUGAUCUUCAACGCCCUCCCAGCGUCCAUAGGCAUGAAGUUUCGGGGACUGCUGGACCGUCAGGGCUCCUGGAAGAAGCUCGAUGACCUCCGGAAUAUCUUCUGGUGCCACAAGACCUUCACUACAGAAUAUGUCACAGAGCACUGGUGUGAGGACUACUUCUUUGGGUACCAGUACCUGAAUGGUGUCAAUCCCGUCAUGCUCCGAUGCCUCUCCAGUUUGCCCAGCAAGCUGCCUGUCACCAAUGACAUGGUGGCCCCCUUCCUAGGGCCAAACACCUGUCUGCAGACCGAGCUAGAGAGGAAGAGCAUCUUCCUUGCAGACUACUGGAUCCUGGCCGACGCCCCUGUCCACUGCCUGAACGGCCACCAGCAGUAUGUGGCCGCCCCUCUCUGCCUACUGUGGCUCACUCCCCAGGGGGCGCUAAUGCCCUUGGCCAUCCAGCUCAGCCAGACGCCGGGGCCAGAGUGCCCCAUCUUCCUGCCCAGUGACUGCGAAUGGGACUGGCUGCUGGCCAAGACGUGGGUGCGCAACGCCGAGUUCCUGGUGCAUGAGAACAACACGCACUUUUUGUGUACGCAUUUGCUGUGCGAGGCCUUUGCCAUGGCCACGCUGCGUCAGCUGCCCCUCUGCCAUCCAAUCUACAAGCUCCUGCUCCCCCACACCCGCUACACGCUGCAAGUGAACACCAUCGCACGGGCCACGCUGCUGAACCCUGAGGGUCUCGUGGACAAGGUCACGUCCAUCGGGCGGCAAGGGCUCCUCUACCUCAUGAGCACCGGCCUGGCCCACUUCACCUACACCAAUUUCUGCCUCCCGGACAGCCUGCGGGACCGCGGGGUCCUGGGCAUCCCCAACUACCAUUACCGAGACGACGGCCUCAAGAUCUGGGAAGCCAUCGAAUGGUGGGCCUGGGACCCUGCAGACCCUCGGGCCCCGCAGAGCUUCCAGCUGCAGGCCUGGGUUGGCGAGAUUUUUGCUCAAGCGUUCCUGAGCCGGGCAAGCUCAGGCUUCCCCAGCCGACUGUGCACCCCAAGAGAGCUGGUGAAAUUCCUCACUGCCGUCAUCUUCAACUGCUCCGCGCAGCACGCCGCGGUCAACAGUGGGCAGCAUGACUUUGGGGCAUGGAUGCCCAAUGCUCCAUCAUCGAUGAGGCAGCCCCCACCCCAGACCAAGGGAACCACUACCUUGGAGAGUUACCUAGAUACCCUCCCAGAAGUGAACAUCACCUGUAACAACCUACUCCUCUUCUGGUUGGUCAGCCAAGAGCCCAAGGACCAGAGGCCCCUCGGCACCUACCCGGAUGAGCACUUUACCGAGGAGAUCCCACGGCAGAGCAUUGCGGCGUUCCAGUGCCGCCUGGCCCAGAUCUCAAGGGACAUCCGAGAGCGGAACCAGAGCCUGGCGCUGCCCUAUACCUACUUAGACCCUCCCCUUAUAGAGAACAGUGUCUCCAUCUAACCCCGCCUCCUGCCACCCUGGAGGAAAAGUCUAAGCAUGAGGAGCGCCAGUCAGUCUCUCAGGGUCCUUCGGACCCUUCUAUCUUCUCUGCCAUUGUCAGACUGAACCUUCUCCUCUGCCCCUGGGGACCUCUUCCUACCCAAGUGGCUUGGGCAUCAUCUGAAUUGGGCCCCGACCUAGCAGUAAUCCAGGGUGAGAAGCCGCUGGCUAAAGUCAAACACGCAACAAGUCCACCCAACUGGAGGGAGCCCCCCAUUACCCCUUCCCCUGAUUUGGGUGGCCUCCUGUUUCACUCUCCUGUGGGAAUCUACCUCCUCCCAUCGGACCCAGCAGGGUCCCCAAGCUCUCACUCCUAGCCGCCCUGAAGCCCAAGGCUCCUGUUUUGGACCUUGCCUCAAUGUUUCCCUCUCUACCAAGCCUACAGCUCAGCAAUGCAGCCCUCUGCUCUGGAAGAAUCCGGGGAGGGGGCAAGGGAGGGGUGUGUGUUCCUGACCUGAUCUGUGGUCCCCUUUGACCCCAGCCUUUUUGUGGAGAAGGAAGGAACUGGAAUCCGGCUCGUCUGGAUCCCUAGUUCGGUGUCCAGGGACUGGGAUCCGUGGCUGGGUAGUGUUUGUGGGGAGGGAGUCUCGCUCCAGCUCUUAUCCUAUCCCCACUCUCAUUCCAUUUUCUUUCCGUCUGUCUGUCUGUCCUUGAGCCCAGUGAGUUCAAUUAAAAUAUGUCUGGUA